AUGCUGCAUUGCAAUGUAAUUAGCCAAUCAAUAUUAAAGAAUUUCAAUUCCCGAUUUUCAGCUUUUCUAACCCUUACUGGACCAACUGCUGAAUAUGCUAUACUAGCAGCAUUAAGUUACCCUCGCUUUAAAAACCAAUGGUUUUCUUGCGUUGAUGCAUCUGAGCACACUCGAUUGAAAAAUCUUCUAAUUUCCGUCAUUACAAAAGAAUUCAGUGAAACAGCACAGCCUAUUAUCAAUAGCAAUGUAACUAAAGAAGAAAACGAAUUUUUUGAUUUUGACAUUUACAAAGAUUGUUUACUAGGAAAACCAAAAGGUAAAGCUGAAUUAAUCAUUGCGAGUUUCUUUUCAGAAGAAAGUCAAGAUUUAAAAAUACUCAAUCGGUAUCCAGAAAUAAAGAACAUAUUUUUAAAGUACAAUACACCCCUACCAUCUUCUGCACCAGUAGAGCGACUGUUUUCGUUUGCGACUAUGAUCAAUACUCCAAAAACAAAUAAGCUAUCUGAUCAAUUAUUUGAGGAAAGAGUAGUAUUAAAAACCAAUUUAAAUCACGAAAAAAAUAUUUUAAAUAUGGUUGUUUAAGUCAUUAUUUUGAAAAGUGUGAUAUUUAUAGUUUGGGGUACAUCUGAUUUCAGAUUUAAAAAAAAAAUAG